AAUCUGAGUUAUGGUUUUUGUAUAGCAGCUGAGAAGUUUUGUUGAAGAUGAAGAAAGCAUCAAGCAGAAGCCAAAGAGGAAGCAAAGGUAUUAAAGGGAAGCAUGUCCUGCAGAUAUGUGUUUUGCUUGGAGUUUGCAUUUGGUUAAUCUAUCAAGUGAAGUAUUCUCAUGAUAAGAAGAAGGAAUUUUAUGAGAAAGAUGUAGACAAAUCAACGGUGUUGUUGUCGGAGAUUGAAGAUGGAGUGGUGAAACUUGGGAGGAAAGAUCUUCUUCCUAAGUAUCAUAACCAGAAGGAAAACGAGAAGCAUGUGGAAGAGGAUGAGGAUGAAGAAGAGGUUAGCCAUGAAGGAGAAGAGAAGGAGAAGAAGAGUAAAGUAGAGAAUGGUAAUCAUGAGGAGGAGGAAGAGAAAGAAGAAGAAGAGGAAGUUGUUGAGGAGGAUGAAGAAGAUAAGAAUAAGCAAGGAGAGGAAGUAGCUGAGGAGGAUGAGGAAGAAAACAAACAUGAGGUAGAUGAGAUUGAUGAACAAGAUCAAAGUAAAACCGGUGGAGAUACUGAUAAGGAUGAUGAAUCACUUGAAGAAGAGAAAGAGAGUGGAAUGAGUGAGAACAAUGAGAAAGAAAAAGAGACUAACCAUGCAGAUGAGAUUGAUAUGACCGUUGAUGAGGCACGCGAGGAGCAUUACAAGGCUGAUGAUGCUUCCAGUGCAGUGUCUCAUGAGUCUCGGUUACUAAACACUGAGAAAUUGAAAGAGAGUUCAAAUGAAACAGCUGAGGAGAACAAUCCCAAUGGCGCUACGAGCAAGGUUGAGAUCCAGAAGGAACCUGACUUGAAGUUAGGAGAAGCAGAAAACGCCGAUUUUGUGAACAAAACAACCAUAGAGGUGAAAGAUGGUGACAGUGAAUCAUCCAGUUCUGAAACAAAAAGCGCGGUAACUGAAUCACAAAGUGAGACAGUUAAUGGCAAUUCGACAGUAGCACUUCUUGAAGCUUCAGAGUUUGUGCAGAACGAAACACAAAUCAUGCGAGAUCGAAGUCAAGAAGAUGGUGCACCGCCUGCAGGAUUCUCUGAACCACAGCCUGUCUUGGAACUUGAGCAAACCCGUAAUGAAUCUGAUCCCAAUAUCCCUAUUUCUGCAAACAUUACCAACAAAGAUUUCAUUCAAGAUGAGUCCAAGAACUCAACUUCAGAAUCUUCUCUACUUGAAAACAUCGCUGGCUCAAACACGACCGAGGCGAAUGAGAAUUCAAGGUCUGAGGGUGAUGAUGAAUCAGGUGAAAAGGAAAGUUCAAACAUUUUCUCUACAGAGCUAACAGAGGAGGCAGAUAAUACUUCCGAAACCUCGAUUUCCCAAGAAGAGAUGGAUGCUCUCACUGAUCCACAAACUCUUCCGGAUAUAAAAAUAGAGGGGAAUGAAGAAGAUGAAGAGGAAGCACUUGGAGCAGAGAGAAAGAAGCUCUAGUGGAAAAAAAGGAUAAGUUAAUGUGAAAUGUUUUUUAUGCUUUUGCAGUUAUGUCAUUGUAAAAGCUAAAAACAUCAGUCUGUCUCUGUUACUUAGUUUCGCAAAUCUGUAUAUUAUUCAUUUGGAACUUUGGCUACCAAUUACUUUCACUGCUCUCAGGAAACUUGACUUCAACACUAACAGUAGACGAAGAGCUCAAUAGUCAGUUAAGUCUCCUGUGAUCAACCAUGCCCGUAAAUAAAGCUGCAGAAACUCA